AUGACAGAAUUCAGUUGUUUGUUUGACAUGUGCAUUGCCAUGAAACGUUUAGGGUUAUUUGCGACCAAAUGCAGCGGGUGCCUGGAGAAAAUUGCCCCCACGGAGUUUGUGAUGCGGGCGCUCAAGUGCGUGUACCACCUCAACUGUUUCUGCUGCUGUGUGUGCGACCGACAGCUUAGGAAAGGGGAUGAAUUUGUACUGAAGGACGGACAGCUGCUGUGCAAGAAUGACUAUGAAAGGGAGAAAGACCUGCUCGGCUCUGUCAGCCCCGAUGACUCGGAUUCAGAGAAAAGUGAAGAUGAGGAGUUGGAUAUCAAGAAGGAGAAGGGCUCAGGAGGCACUGGGAAGGGAGAUGAUGGGAAAGACCCAAGAAGACCCAAGCGACCACGUACUAUCCUUACCACACAACAGAGACGUGCGUUCAAAGCAUCCUUCGAGGUUUCUUCCAAACCCUGCCGGAAGGUAAGAGAGACGCUGGCUGCAGAGACGGGCUUGAGUGUUCGCGUCGUUCAAGUGUGGUUCCAGAACCAAAGAGCUAAGAUAAAAAAGUUGGCGCGGAGACAGCAGCAGCAACAGGAGCAGCAGAAUUCCCAAAGGCUGGGCCAAGAGGUGAUGUCCAAUCGGAUGGAGGGAAUGAUGAACUCCUACACACCAUUGGCUCCAGCCCAGCAACAGAUGGUUGCUAUGGAGAAUGGUUACAGCACCGAUCCCUUCCAGCAGGGCCUCACCCCUCCUCAAAUGCCCGGUGACCACAUGAACCCAUAUGGAAAUGACUCGAUAUUCCACGACAUUGACAGUGACACUUCAUUGACCAGCCUUAGUGACUGCUUCAUGGCCUCGUCUGAGGCGGGCUCAAUGCAGGCGAGAGUCGGGAAUCCCAUCGACCGACUCUAUUCCAUGCAGAGCUCCUACUUUGCUUCAUGAAAACCUAAACAGACAGGGAAAGGCAAAAGUGGGUCACUUCGCUGCAGCUCACAAGUCAGACGCCGCCUAUCAAGGAAAUACAACAGAAUCGUCAACAAAGACGAAACAUCUUAGAUAGACAAACAGGCAAAAACAGAAAAGACAAGUGAACUUGAAGACUUGCAUUCUUAUUUCUCUGCAAUGAAGCACCAGCUCUGGAUGCCCAGGCGCCUGAGGCAGAGUUUUUUUCUAGUUGCUUGUAGAUUGUUUGUACAUGACUUUCUCAGAAGUAGCAUUUCAUCUUAUCCUCAAAAAGAGUAUUGAUGUACAGUCUGACGUCACUGAAGCAUCAAGCCUCGACUUAUGAUUUCCUGCCGGGAGAGGUGGAAGAUCAAGUCACAAAGCUCAUAAUGCAUGAAUCCAUAUCUUUGUGAUUGUUACAUUCAAAAAAUGAAAAACAUUUGGAAAAAAAAAUAAAAAUAAAAAAAUCUUGUGUUGUUCAGAUGUUAAAAAUGUGAUGUUUGGACUCAUAAUUUCCUCUUUUUCAUUAUGUUCAGCAUUGCAUUUUUAUCACUUUGAUAGGUUAGCCCUCUGAAAGACGAUGUAGAAAAGCAUAGAGGGGGAGAUAUGUAUAGUGUAUCUGCAUUUGUAUGUUAGUGCGUGCGUGUGUGUAUGUGUGUGUUCCGGUCUCCUUACCUGUGUGGUUGUAUGAGUGUGUGUCUGUGCGAUGGUAAGGUACUGUCAUUGAAAGUUCGAACCAUGUGUAUAUAUACUUUUCCCAAACAAAUCAGUUGUGCAUGUUAAAAAUGGAGAUCAUUCUAUUUAUUUAACUAAAACAUGCUUUUGAAGGUACUUAAGAAACUGAAAAGCUUUAUUUAAAAAGGAGAAAAUCAUGUUUAAGUAGCUGACGGAUUGAUUUCACACCACACUUGUAUGUCUUUUAAUUAGAAAAAUGUAUCUUUAUUCCAGCAAUGUACAUCUGCAAAAAUGUGCUAUUUAUUUGUUUCAGCCCUGACAUUGCCGAAAAAUGCAUUUCCAAAUGCGAAGAUUGCUAAUUUGCCAAAGUCUGUUGGUACAAUGAAUA